AUGUUACAAGCAAAGGAGACCGAGCAGGAAAGGCCAGUAAGGGAGGAAAAACAGCCCGUGGCGUUUUCCAAGAAUGGUAACACUCUUUUGGGUCAAGGCAGCUGCCGCUUGGAUCAGAGUGUUGGUUUCAGCUGUAACAGACUUCAUCGCAUCAGAAAUUGUACUUAUUUUCAUCCUUUCAAGGAAGCUCAGACCCAGGAAAAUUUCCAUAGUACCGUACUGAACAAGGAAAAGUUUAACAGUGGGACGUGUCUUUCCUUCCAUUUCCUUUUUGGCUUGGAAAUCAGAAUGAGGAGGAUUGUCUUUGCUGGUGGUGUUAUCUUAUUCUGCCUCUUAGGUGAUGCUGGAGGUAUGAUGUGCAGAGCAUGCAAUCUCUCACUCCCCUUCCACAGAUGUAUUUUAGACUUGGGAACCUGCAAGUCAAAACCUGGUCAGUACUGUAUAAAAGAGGUCCACAUUAAAGGUGGCAUCGAAUGGUAUUCAAUUAAAGGCUGCACAAAAAACAUAUCAGAGUGCUUCAAGAGAAUUAUGUCUCCGUAUGAAAUUCGAGCUACUCACUGCUGCCAUCAUCUAUGUGCAAUCUGUGAGUCAGUGGCCCAUAUCUAAAAUGUUUGGGAGAUCAAUCAGUCUCAAAGGCUGAUCUGGCUAUCACAAAAUGAUGGCUAUUGUCAGUGACCCCACUUCAGAAACCUCAGACCUUUGUAGGUGGAAGGAGCUCUCGUCUGAGAUUGACCUUGGUUUUCAAGGUUCCAGGUAUCUCCCCUACCACCUUCAACUCAUCUCAGAAAUAUCCCUUUCAACACCAUUUCUCUCCUCUCCUCCUUCUGCUUAAUUUACCUUCCUACCUCAGGUGAUUUCAAGGCUACAAAGAAGCAAAAAUGUUGGCAGUUCUCCAAGUCAAACUAUGCACAUCACCUCUAACUACUUUUAUUUCCCAAAAUAUUUCCAUACUCGAAAAUAUGGUUACAAAUGUAUCACAAGAUGGCAAGACCUGAGAAUAUUCAUUUGGUUUCCAGAGCAAAUCACCUUGCUCCUUUGGGGUGAUUUAUGGUAUAGGAGAAACUGACUUAACAAAUACCAUAGGAAAAAAAAAUAAGCUGUGAAUGAGCAAACCAGGCCUGUGGGGAAAUUAUGAACCCAAACAACAAAGGGCUGAGGCAGGUGGUAGGGCUGGCACUAUUUCUUCCAUCUGCCUGAGAGUUUAUCCAAAUUUUGAAUUUUCUAUACCUUAACCAGGCCUAAAUGUUUCGGCUUGUUCAAUUUUGGCAGAUUAAGCAGUUCAAGGUAAGCAGAGGAGUUAAGUUCCCAACCACAGGGAAUUUAAGAGCAGUAGGGACAUACUUUGAACUACAUCUCACAUUUUGCAAUGCAUCGCAUCUUCUGUUACUUGCUUUCAAUGCCUUAACUUCGGCAGCAUGAAGUGUACUGCAUUUUAAAAUUUAAUUUAAAACUGCCUUUCUCUGUAUUUUCAGAAGUUUGAAAAUUUAAAGGAUAAGUAAUAAAUAUCAAUAAAAUC